AUUUUUUAAUAAAUCAAUAUCUGUGACCAGCAGCUCAAUGUCACGGUUGACCAAACCCAGAUCCUUCACCCAUGUUAGCAUCGCUUGUCUCCUCCCUCAAAGAUUCAGCAAGUCAGAACAAGUUAUCAAAAGCAUUCAGCAUUUUCUCUCUCAUCAUACAACAAACCCACAAUGCCUCGUCAUCUGAUUUCUUGUUGCAGUCAUUGGCUUCUCUUCUUGCAUGUUGUUCGCAAGUUAAAGCAAUUUCACAAGGUAAACAACUACAUGCGUAUUUGGUUUCUUCGGGGUUUGAAAAAUCCCGUGUUUUGGUUCCAAAGUUAGUCACGCUCUAUGUUGAUUUUAAUCUUUUCAAUGAUGCAUAUGUCGUUACCGAAAGUUCAAACAUUACGCAUCCGUUGUCUUGGAAUGUACUUAUUUCUGGCUAUGUUAGAGCUGGGCUUGGGAAGGAGGGUUUAUCUGUGUAUACAAAAAUGAUGGAGAAGGGAAUUAUCCCUGACAAUUUUACUUAUCCGUCUGUUCUCAAGGCUUGUGGCGAGGAGUUUGAUUUGGGUGUCGGGAGGGAGGUUCAUGAGUCGAUUAUGAAAUCGGGAUUGGAAUGGAAUUUGUUCGUGCACAAUGCAUUGGUGUUCAUGUAUGGAAAAUGUGGAGACUUGAAUGUUGCACGAAUGCUGUUCGACGAAAUGCCUGUGACAGAUGAAAUUUCUUGGAACUCCAUAAUUUCAGGGUACGCAUCACAGGGCAUGUGGAGAGAAGCCUUUGAGCUUUUCAACGAUAUGCAGAACCAAAAUGUGGAAGUGAAUGUCAUCAUCUGGAAUACCAUUGCAGGAGGCUAUUUGAAGACAGGAAACUAUAUCCAAGUACUAAAGUUACUUUCCCAAUUGAGGACCUCUGGUAAAUGGGAUCCAGUGGCUGUGAUCAAUGGUUUAGGUGCAUGUUCCCAUAUUGGAGAACUGAAUCUAGGCAAGGAAAUCCAUGGUGUAGCAAUUCGAACAUGUUGUCAUGACUAUGAUAAUGUAAAAAGUUCAUUAAUUACAAUGUAUUCCCGGUGUAAAGAUCUUAAACAUGCACAUACUGUAUUCCAUUUGGUCCAAAACAAGAGUGUAAUCACUUGGAACUCCAUAAUAUCAGGAUUCUCACACUGGGACAAUUCCGAGGAAUCCUCAUUUCUAUUCCGGGAGAUGCUUCUUUCCAGUGUUGACCCCAAUUACGUGACAAUAGCAAGCAUACUUCCUCUUUGUGCACGUGUGGCAAAUCUACAACAUGGUAAAGAGUUCCAUUGCUACAUUACAAGGCACGAGGGAUUCAAAGAUUACUUAUUACUAUUCAAUUCUCUUAUUGACAUGUAUGCAAGAUCUGGGAAAAUCUUGCUUGCUAAAAGACUGUUUGAUUCAUUACCCAAAAAGGAUGAGGUGACAUACACUUCACUUAUAGCUGGUUAUGGGAUUCAAGGAGAGGGAAAAACGGCUGUUGAUUUAUUUGAAGAGAUGAUUAGGUGUAACAUAAAGCCAGAUCAUGUGACCAUGGUUGCUGUUCUUUCAGCCUGUAGUCAUUCUGCUCUAGUUGACCAAGGUCGAACUUUAUUCGAAAAUAUGUCCUCUGUUUAUGGUAUUGUGCCUCGUUUGGAGCAUUUUUCCUGUAUGGUUGAUCUUUAUGGGAGAGCUGGCUUAUUGGGAAAAGCAGAAGAAACAAUGAGAAAGAUGCCUUAUGAGGCAACACCUGCCAUGUGGGCAACUGUGAUUGGAGGUUGUCGGAUUCAUGGAAAGAAAGAGUUAGGAGAAAUGGCUGCUGAAAAACUGUUGGAAUUGCGUCCAAGGAAUUCGGGGUAUUAUGUAUUGGUGGCAAACAUGUAUGCUGAUUCUGGGAGUUGGGAGAAAUUGGGUAAAGUUAGAGUCUUGAUGAGGGAAUUGGGUGUUAGUAAGGUUCCUGGUUGUGCUUGGUUGGAUGUAGGAGGGAGGUUUAUGCGGUUUUUGGUGGCUGAUACUAAGAAUGUUAAGGCGUUUGAGAUAUAUCCUUUGUUGGAUGGAUUGAGUCAACAACUGAAAGAAGCUGGUUAUCUCAUGUCUGAUGAUAAAGAUGAAGUUAUGGGGUUGUAGAAUGAUGAUGAUGAAUGAAAGGAUGAGACUGGUUCUAGGGCUAUUUUUGAUGAAGAAGAUGAAGAGGGCAUAUAAUUUGUCCCAUUGACAUUAAUCCCAGAGGACCUGUUUUCUUCACUGCUUAAUGAUAUCAGCACAUAUGAUAAAACAAAAUAUCAUUAGUACAUGUACAUAUAGCUAUUUUACCUCCUUUCCUCUAUUGUUGUAGACACAAAUUCUUUAAAGGAAGGGUUUACAAUACAAGAUUACCCAUGAAAAAUGGAUGCACCAGAUAGGGUCCUUCAUUUCAUCCCCAAUCUUGUUUUCAGAUACUAUUAUUAAACGGGGGACUUAAUCAGAUGUUCGCAGAGGAAGAACACAUAAGAAAUACAGAACACAUGUUCAUGUUCAUGUUGCUGAUAUGUACGAUGCUCUCAAGUUUGAAUAAAAGCAUUCACAAACCGUUUCCAGGGUAUGUUUUAUUGGUCCAGUGACUACGUUAUAUUUUUAUCGUGGUGAAACUUUAAAAGUUUGAUAAAGUCGGUAAGUGAUGAGGAUUCUUAGAAUUUGAUUGUUUUAGAUUUAGAUUAUUAUUUAUUAUGGGUUAUCUUGGAUUUAAAGUUUUUUUAUCUUGAUUUAUUUAUUAAUAUGACCAUAAUGGGAAGUCCAUUAUACACAAAAACCACACAAUUUUAUUUUGUUAAUAAAC